AUGAAUGGACCAUCGCAACAACAAAUACAUCAGCUCCAAGCUCAACACCAAAACCAACCAGCACAACAGCAACCAUUAUUUAUGCAAAGAUCAGUUCCAUUCCCAGGUAACGGCAAUGGCCCAUCUUCAGUACCACAAAGCAUGUUUUCACCGUCCAUUGAUAACAAUAUUACACUAAGGAAUGAUAAUGAAAUGUUAUAUCCAAAGCUACAAAAACAACAACAAAAACAACUACAACAAAUGUUAGCUAACAAUAAUAGCACUUAUAAUUCAACUAAUUACAACACUAAUAAUAAUCUUUCUUACAAUAAUAAUGGCAAUACCACGACUGGUAAUAGCAACAGUAUUAAUAGUGGUGCUACUAGUAAUCAUAAUAAUAAUACUAAUAAUAAUGGAAAUAUUAAUAGCCAUGGCAACAAUGUUGGUUUAAACAACUUGAAUAAUAACAAUAACACCAAUAACAAUCAUACAAAUAUUAAUUUUAAUGAUUUAUUGAACGCUAACAAUCAACAUAGUCUCCACAAUGUUAAUACACGUGCACAUCAUAACAGCCAAAAUAAUGAUGGGUUACAUAUUAACUUGAAUAGCAUGCCGAUUCCGCAACAACAACAAGGAGUGGCACUUCCACCACCUCCAGGAGCUAUGCUAAGACCCGAACAACAACAACAUUUCCCUAAUUCGCAGCAGCAACACCCAGGUACACCACUUUCCACUGCAGGUAAUAUUAUGAAUUUUGUUACAGCUAAUGAUAUUUCUUUACUGCCACCGGUGAACCAUUUGAAUGUCAAACAGGUUUGGAAACACAAUUUAUAUGAAGAAUUUGCUAAUAUAAGAAAAUUGGUAGACACCUUUAAUGUUAUUAGUAUCAACAUCGAAUUUUCAGGAACUUUAGCUAGGCCGGUUGGUAAAUUUAGAUCCAAGUCUGAUUACAUCUAUCAGCUUGUCAGAUCUAAUGUUGAUUUACUAAGUGUUAUGCAAAUAGGUGUUUCUUUAAGUGACGAGAUGGGGAACAAACCGGAUAACGUUAUUUCAACCUGGCAACUAAAUUUUAAGUAUGAUGUGGAUGAAGAAAUUGUAUCACCAUUUGUUCUAGAUCUUGUUAAUGAUUCAAUUGAUUUUGGUGAAUUGAAAAAAUAUGGAAUUGAAUUUCAAGAAUUUGCUUCAUUAAUCAUGGACAGCGGCUUAAUUUUAAAUGAUAAUGUUUUAUGGAUAUCAUAUUCAGGUGCUUAUCAUCUAGCAUACUUAGUUCAUUUCUUAAGUGGGGCAUCUAUGCCAAAUAACAAGGAAGAUUUUUUACAGUUAGUUUCUCAGUAUUUGCCUAACUUUUAUGAUCUAGAGGUGAUUAAUAACCGUUUAAAACGUGUUAUUUUUAUAUCAAAUAACAAUAAUGUUAGAAGAUCCAUUGAAAUAUUGGCCGAGGAGUUGGGGAUCCCAAAUUUCCCGCAUUUUCAAACAACUGGUGGCCAAAGCUUAUUAAUAUUAAUGAUUUAUAAUUCUUUGUGCAAAUUAACAGCUUGUAAGUUCCCUAAUGGAGAAGAUUUUGCGAUUUACAAAAACCAAAUUUCUGGAAUCAACGAUUUUUUCGAAAAUAAUGCCGGUACCGCCAUGGCAGGUAGUAGUGCCGGUGUAAGCAUCGAUGGCAGCAAUAAUAUUAAUUCUGUUACCGGCAACUUGUAUGCUUAA